AGCAACAACAACAACUGCCAAGUCACCGGAGACAACAACAUUAACUACCACCAAGCCACCAGAGAUGACAACUACUUCUACCAAGUCACCAGAAACAACAACAGCAACAACAACAACAACAACAAGAACUGCCAAGUCACCAGAGACAAAAACAUUAACUACCACCAAGCCACCAGCGACAUCAACAACAACUACAACAGUGUCACCAGAGAUAACAACAACAACUACUACCCAGUCACCAGGAACAACAACAACAAGAACUGCCAAGUCAUCAGAAACAACAACAACAACAACAACAGCAACAACUGCCAAGUCACCAGAAACAACAACAACUACUACCAAGUCACCAGAGAUAACAACAACUACUUCUACUACCCAGUCACCAGGAACAACAACAACAACAACUGCCAAGUCACCAGAAACAACAACAACAACUACCACCAAGUCACCAGAGAUAACAACAACUACUUCUACUACCCAGUCACCAGGAACAACAACAACAACAACUGCCAAAUUACCAGAGACAAAAACUACUUCUGCCAAGUCACUAGGAACAACAACAACUAUUACCAAGUCACCAGAAGCAACAAGACCAACAACAACUGCCAAGUCACCAGAGAUAACAACAACUACUUCUACUACCCAGUCACCAGGAACAACAACAACAACAACUGCCAAGUCACCAGAGACAAAAACUACUUCUGCCAAGUCACCAGAAACAACAACAACUAUUACCAAGUCACCAGAAGCAACAAGACCAACAACAACUGCCAAGUCACCAGAGACAACAACAACAACAACAACAAAUACCACCAAGCCACCAGCGACAUCAACAACAGCUACCACCCAGCCACCAGAAACAACAGUAAUAACGUCCAAGUCACCAGAACCAAAAACAUCAGUUACCAAGUCAUCAGAAACCAUAACAACAACAACAACUUCGAAGACGGUUGGAACAAAAACAACAACAGCCAAAUCACCAUAUAAAACAACGACAAUUUCGAAAUUACCAGGAACAACAUCAGCAACUACAAAGUCACCAGGAACGAAAACUGCAAUUUCCAAGUCGCCAGAAAUAAAAACAACAACUUUUAAGUCACCAGGAACAAAUACAAUUCCUAAAUCACCAGAAACUACUAUCACUUCCACACUACCAGAAACAAUAAUAACGGCAACAUCAAAAACAACUUCCAAAUCACCAUCAACAAUACCAACAAAACCACCAGGAACAGCAACAAAAUCAAAAACAACAACAAUCACCUCUAAAUUACCCGAAAUAACAACAGCUUUCAAAUCACCAGUAGUGACAACUUAUAAAUCACCGACAAAAACAAUAACAAGAAAUUCCAAAACGCCAGUGACAACAACUUUUCAAUCACCAGAAACAAAAACAACAACAGCAACAGCAACUUCAAAAUCAUCAGAAACAUCGAGAGGAUCGUCUAAGCCACCUGAAACAACAACGUCCACACUACCAGGACUAACAACUUUCAAAUCAUCUGAAAUGACAACAACAACAAUAUCAUCACCAGGAGCAACAACAGCAGAAACGACGGUAAAAGAGCCAAAAACAACAGUUUCUCCAACAAUUCCUUUGUGUCCACAAAACAGAGUGUACACACCGUGUAAAUCAAGUUGUGAUGAGACUUGUCAGCAUAUGAACAACACGUGCACUCCUUCACCUUCACAAGGUUGUAAUCCUGGAUGUAAGUGCCCGGAUGGGACCGUUUUUAAUGGUACAUAUUGCGUAAGACCAGCUGAUUGCAUUUGUUAUUCUAAUGGGAAGUAUUACGAUCCAGGCGCCACUUGGAACAACACUUGUGAGAGGUGUUGGUGCUGGAAUAACAGAGUUAUAUGCCAGGCUAUACGCUGUCCUCCUCUCCUUCACUGUCCUUCAGACAACUUAAUAGCUUUGAUACUCCCUGGCGAAUGCUGUCAGACCUGUGUAGAAAAGAACGUUACCACUUGCUCUCCAUCUGACUACAGAUGCAAUGAUGGCAGGUGCAUGACGAAGCAUUGGUUAUGCGAUGGACAGGAAGAUUGCAGAGCCGGUGAAGAUGAGAGAAACUGCACAAGUAUAUCAUCAUGCUUUAAGCCUUUGGGAUUGGCUGACCGAUCAACUCCAGAUAACUUCUUCACAGCCUCUUCGUCAGUCGACGUUUACUAUCGACCAGGAGAAGCAAGACUUAACAAUUUACACGUAGUAGGACGGGGAAGUGGUGCCUGGUGCUCAGGACCUCAAGACAAGGCACCAUAUUUGCAAAUCUAUCUAGGAUCUUUUCGUAAAGUAACUGCAGUGUCCACCCAGGGACAUCCAGUGCUUCACAAAUGGGUGACAAUGUUUAGGUUGUCAUACAGCUUAAAUGGAGUUACCUGGAUCAAGACAAAAGAGACGUUUCAAGCAAAUACGAACCACUCCACCAUUUUUACUAACAAGUUACCACAGCCAAUCAUCGCUCAGUAUAUCCGAGUGCAUGCGGAACAGUGGUAUAUUGGCGCGUGCUUGAGAGUGGAGUUCUACGGCUGCACAGUCGGAGCUUCUGUCCCCAUUCCUCCAACGACGCCAAUUGAGUGUAGAGAUUUUAGAUGUGACAAUGGGGAGUGCAUAAGUAAAAGCUUGCUGUGCGAUGGAGAUGAUGACUGUGGCGAUGAAUCAGACGAGAUAUUUUGCAACAGCACUUGCAAAGAAUUCCGCUGUAACAAUGGCAGCAGAUGCAUUUCCUUCAAAUCGCUUUGUGAUGGCCAGCAAGAUUGUUUUGAUGGCGAAGAUGAAGAUCAUUGUCCAACCUCACCCAACUUAACAGGUCCACAUGCUGUCAUGACCACCAAAACGUCCAUGAACAUCACAUCCACGUUUGAAACGACAAAGAUGACCUCACGCAAAAGCGAGUCGACUACGAACGUUUACACUACCGGAUCGACGACUACGCGGAUGACAACGAAGAUGAUGUCACCCAAAUCGGAAACACAAACUCUCCCUACUCAGAUCACGACAAAGUUGUCUUCACCGACAUCAGCACCAACAACCAGAGGCACAACAGUAGCAGCAAAUACUUCGAAGGUGUGCCGAGAUGAAUGCACGUGCUUCAUGAAUUGUGCUGGAAACAUCAUAUGCCCAUUCAGUGGACUAUGCUCAAACUGCACCUGCAGCAAUGGGACACUAAUGCGUGCAAAUCGAUGUGUUGUACCCAUGCCUUCGCCGUGCGUGCAGCGGUGUAAUCACAAGGGACAAACAUUUCAGGUCGGUACAACCAUCCAAGACAAGCCGUGUGACAUUUGUACGUGUCAGCGGAAGCCUAACACCCUCAACCAAUCACAAGUGUUUUGUCACCGCACGUGCUCCCAGACUUCAACAACGUCCCCAACAACCCCAAAGAUAACACGACAAACAAGAAUCUCUUCCACGGAGGAGUCCACAACAUCAAAGAAAACAAGCCCAACAAUAAGGCUAUCAGCUAAGGAAUCAACAACAACGUCAAAGAUAAAAGGCCCAACAACAACAACAACAUCGAUAUCUACAAAAGAGUCGACAGCAUCAAAGAUAACAAGUCCGACAACGCUCUUACCAGGCAACAAAGAAACUAAACCAACAAAUCCAUCUCAAAUAAAACUACCAUCAACGACGUCCACAAAAGAAUCAUCUGCAACAUCAAAGGCAAAACUUUCAACAACCACGGCUCCAAAACAAGAGUCUACAACAACCAACAUUCAGGGAGCACGUCCAACAACACCGACAUCCAAACAGGAGUCAACGUCAGCGUCAAAGAAAAUGAGUGGCGCAUCGACAUCAUCCACAAAAGAGUCAACAACAGCAAAGAUAAAAUCUCCGAUAACUCUCCCAACAGGCUACAAGGAAACUACAUCAACAAACUCAGCUCAGAUAAAACAAACAUCAACGACAUCCACAAAAGAGUCAACAGCAACAUCAAAGGCAAAUCUCUCAACAGCAACGGCCCCGAAGCAAGAGUCUACAACAACAAGGAUAACACACCCAACAACAUCAAUAUCCAAACAGGAGUCAAUUUUAUUAUCAAAGAAAAUUAGCGGUCCAUCAACAGCAUUCACAAAAGAGUCAACAACAGCAAAGAUAAUAAUUCCGAUAACAUCCACGACAUCCCCAAAAGAAUCAACAGCAUCAUCAAAAAUACAAAAUCCAACGACAACGAAACCCACAAAAUCGAAGAUAACAAGUCCGACAACGUACCCACCAGGCUAUAAAGAAACUACACCGACAAACCCAGCUCAAAUAAAACUAUCAUCAACGACAUCCACAAAAGGAUCAACAGCAACAUCAAAGGCACAACUCUCAACAACAACGGCUCCGAAACAAGAGUCUACAACAACAACCAACACACAGGGAGCACGUCCAACAACACCGACAUCCAAACAGGAGUCAACUUCAGCAUCAAAAACAACGAGUCGUGCAUCAAACACAGCCGCAAAAGAGUCAAAAACAACAACAAAGUCAACAAGCCCGAUAACAUUCCCACCAGGCAACAAAGAAACAACAUUAACAAACUCAGCUCAAAUGAAACUGACAUCAACGACGUCUACAAAAGAAUCAACAGCAAGAUCUAAGAUAACUAGCCCACCAUCAACAAAAUCCGCACAAACGUUGACAACAGCAUCAAAGAAAACAAGUAUAGCAUCAACGACAGCCACAGAAGAGACCAGUACGGAACCAAAGAUAACAAGCCCUACAACAGCGACAGCCGCAAAAGAGUUAACAGCACCAAAGACGACAAGCUCUACGGCAGUUACAUCCACAAAAGGGUCCGCGUCAGUUUCAAAGAUAACGCUCACACAAGGAUACAGUUCGACGACACCAACAAACCCAGCUCAACUGCAACAAACAUCCACGACGUCUGCACAGGGGUCGACAGCAACAUCAAAUACAUCACUCCCGCCAUGGACAAAAUCCUCACAAAAGUCCACGACAACGUUAAAUAAAGCAAGCCUAGCAUCAUCGACAUCCAGAAAAGAAUCAACAACAACAUCAAAGAUAACGAGCCCGACAACAACUACGUUUACCCGGACAUCACUCCCGCCAUGGACAAAAUCCUCACAAAAGUCCACGACAACAUUAAAGAAAGCAAGCCUAGUAUCAUCGACAUCCAGGAGAGAAUCAACAACAACAUCAAAGAUAACAAGCCCGACAACAACUACGUUUACCCGAAAGGUCACAACUUCCACAGCAGGUCCUUCUGGCUGUGUAUGGAGCAACUGCUCCUGUACCAAGACAUGCGCCGACCUCGCCGAACCUAAAAUAGAAAGGUGCACUGAGGAAACCUGUAAGCCCGGCUGGGCAUGCCAACCAGGUUUGGUCUUACUCAAUAACAAAGCAGUAUCACCUGUUCUGGAGUGUCCGUGUUACCACAAUGAAACGUUUUACAAGAUCGGCCAAAAGUUUGAAAAUGGAACAUGCAGCUCGUGUAUGUGCCUCGGCGAUUCUGUUAUCUGCACGCAGACCUGUAAUAUCAAGGCAUGUCAGGAGGGUGAGGAGCUUCUUGACAAACCUGGAAAAUGUUGCUUUUGCCGCAAGAAAUCAACUGUGAUGAUUUCUACGACCACUCCUGCCAUUUCCAAGGGAGGAGUGGCACCAAAGAACUUGACGACAGUUUACGCAAAGACAAAUGUUCAGACAACGUCUUCCAUCUUAACGUUCUGGAAAACAGUGACGCCAAAAACAACAGCGUCCACCGCGAGGCGAACAGGAUCAGCCCCUGAGACAAGCACGGCAUAUAUAAACAAAAGUUCCCAACCCACUGUCACGUCAAGGCCAAACAUGUCUAAACCUACAUCAAUAGCGUCACCAGAACCAGCGACCGAAGUCCAGAUCGAGCGAUGCAAUGUUCACACAGAAAAUACCAGCAUCGUUGACGAGUUUGGCUGCUCUAACAUUCUUCCAAUUACUCAGACGUCUUGCCAGGGUUCUUGCGGCUCAAGCGCAGUUGCAAAUGUAACUUCACCAUGGAUCCAGGUCGAUUGUUUCUGUUGCAAGCCCAAGAAUCUUAGGGCCAUGAGCGUUCCCAUGAGAUGCUCGGAUGGUGGCGUGAAAGGGCUCAAUUACCUUAUUAUAACCGAAUGUGGCUGUGAGGCUUGUGAAAGCCAUGGUUACAAGACAAAACUAAGACUUCUAGUGGGGACCAUGUUUGAGAAUGUCACUAAGGAAGCAGAUGACGAAAUUGUGCGUUAGCCAUGCAGCAGACUCGAAGCUAGUAGUAGCUUCAAGGCAGCUUCGAGAAAAAUAUAUCAAUUUGCUUUUAAAUAAUCAUCAUUUUGUUCGUAAUUGAGUUUGGUAUGCAAGAUUCAGAAUUCUCUUGUAAAAUAGUUUAAUUUAAAUUAGACAUGACUAACGUGCAAUUUGAUCUAUUUAGUUGUGACAAAAUUGCUACGAAUACUGGAAAAAGCUUUGCCUCUAAAUUGUGCACAUUUCUGAUAAAUCCACAGUGGUAAGUUAUAUAAUCGCCAAUUCCGAUUCUAGGUUCAGUAGUGUAUCUUAUGAAUAUUCAGUGUAACUGAAAAGAUUCCGGCAUAGUACACGGAUUGUUAGAUCACCCAAAUAUAUAUUUUUUUAGUUUGGACUAAUCUUUGGAACUUUUUCAAAGCCAUGAUGGCCGGAUUUACCAGCUUUAGUGUUGUAAAGCGCCCAACUGGUUUCUGGGAGGUCAUGGUUCGAGUGCCUUCUAGGAAUCAAGAUUUGUCUUUGUUCCACGCUCGUGACAUAAAAAAAAAUUAAUUAAACUUAUGAUUAGUUACGUAUUUACAAAGGGUAACUUAGUAUCAUUAGACCUUAAGACGCCACAUUAAAAUUCGAUUUUCAUCAGUUAUCAUGGUGAUUGAAUAAAAUAAAGAAAUUUUACAAACAA